AUGAGCUCAGCAAACGCUUCAGGCUAUGUACCACUUGAUCUUCACUGGCCAGAGGAUAGACUUGAAGAUGUUUUGAGACAGUGUUCCAGCAAGGUGGUCUUGGCCUCUUCGGACUGUCACUCAAAGCUGUCGGCGAUUGCCUGGAGGGUCUCUUCAGUCACUUCGGUCUUGGAUGUGAGGACCCGGGUCGAGGGCCCUGGAGUGGCCGACGAAGGCCAGGGCAGCACAUUGGCCUAUACCUUCUUCACCUCGGGCACGACGGGAAAGCCCAAAGGAGUGAUGGUGGAGAACAAAGGCUUGGUCCAUAGAGUGCACUGGUUCCAGCAGCGAUGGCCCUUGUAUCCUGGGGAAGGCAUCGUCUCCAAGGUGGCAUACACUUUUGGCCUCUCCGAAUGGGAGAUUUUCUGGCCGCUCACAGCGGGUGCUGCCUUGAUCCUGGCGCCACCAGGUGGAGAAAAAGACGCGGAGUACCUGCUCCGCCGAGCCUGCCACGCCUUUCAUCCCCCAUCGCGGCAGGAGCGACUGAUUCCUGGAAAAGGACCUUCACCAGAUCAUGUGAACUGUGUCAGUGCUCAUAUUUUUGUGCCCUCAAUGUUGCAGAUGAUUUUCGACAAGUAUGAUGAGUUGGAAGAGGAGGAUAUGCAACGGAAGGCAGGUGAGCACCACGUGGAUGGAACAUGGUGGCAUCACUCCAAAGCUCGGGACAUUGUCACCUGUGGCGAAGCCUUGAACCCUUCUUUGACCCAGAAGAUGUUCUCAUGCUUCCAUCACUGUACGCUGACCAACUUGUACGGCCCCACGGAAGGGGAGAUGACGUACUGGGAGGUCCCGCAGGGCCGGGCUGUGCUCCGUGUCUCAGCGGGUGCUCCCAUGGAAGGCUGCAAGGUGGUGCUGGCGGACCUUCGUGACAGCAAGUCCGCAGCGAUGCUGGAGCCCGCCGAGAUCGCCUUCGGAGGGCCUUUUAUUGCGCGGGGCUACUUGGGAAGGCCGGACCUCGACAAGAAGGCCUUCGUGCCAGACUUCACGACGAUUCGCUCGGACUCAUCUCUGGAGUCUGGGGAUUCUUCCACUCUGGCGGGAUCAUCACCCUGCGAGAGCACCCCAUUGAGCAACGAGAGCGCGGAGGCAGCGAGCAUGAUGCGGCGCCGAGGUGCCGGGACGCUGACAUCUUGGGCCAACAGCGAGGACGGAUCAAGUCCUCGAAAGAAGACUUUAAUGGAUCGGCUGUACAUGACAGGCGAUCUGGGACGCUGGCGAGAAGGUGGCGUGAUUGACCUUUUGGGCCGCAAGGAUUUCCAGGUGAAGCUACGAGGCUUUCGUAUCGAGCUGGGCGAGAUCGAAGCGGCCUGUCGAGCAGCCGGAGCGCGGGCUGCGGUGUGCGUUUUGCACAAGAACGGCAACGGUAUGGAUGGAUUGGUGGCUUACUUUGAGCCAGGUUCGGACGAAGUGCGGGAAGCCAGCGUGCGAGCAUCCUGCCAAAAGUCCUUACCAUCUUACAUGCAGCCGCAAGUCAUCGUAAGAUUGGAGCAGCUGCCGCGGAACACAAAUGGCAAGAUUGACAGAGCCAAGCUCCCAGAACCUCUAAUGCCUACAACGCCCAGUACGACCUGCAGCCCACCCGAGACUUCUGUACAGAAGAUGCUUGUGAACAUCAUCUCGGAGCUCUUAGGUCUGCCAGUGGGCGCCAUAGGCUUGGAUGCUGACUUUCAAGAACUUGGCGGAAAUAGCCUCCUCAUGGGCCGGGCCAGCUCUGCCAUCAAGAAGGCCUUCAGAUUGAGCAACUUCAAAGGGACUGCGAUGUAUCAGCUUGGCACCGUCAGACGCAUCGCCGCGUCCAUCGAAUCCAUGCUGCACAGCAGCAGCGAAUCCAUGGAUGAGAAGACCUUGAGUAAUCGGCUGGCGACGGCUCAGCAACCCCGCCAGUCGACAUGUAGCUCGAUGUCCUUUGGUUCCAUUUGUGCGCAAACAUUUGGGGUCUUUUGGUUGAGCUUCCUGCUCCAACGCCAGGCGUGGUCGCCAGCUUGGUGGGCGGCAUGGUAUAUUUGGUGGUAUUUUGGAGAGAAGGCAUUUUUCCUCUACCUUCCCUGUGCAGCCUUCUUGGACCUCCUGGUGAUGUUGAUGGUUGCCGUGCUCAUGAAAUGGAUUGUUUUGGGCCGUGUGAAGCCAGGCAAGAUAGAGCUUUGGUCUUUUGACUACUACAAGUGGUGGUUUGUCAACAAUUUGCUGAAAGCAACCAUUGAACAUAUGAUGCCUAUCAUCGGAGAGACCCCACUGGCGAAUUGCUUCUUGCGGCUGCUGGGAGCAAAUAUUGGCCCGGGCGCAAGGAUCAGUCCAUGCACAAUACAUGACCCAGACCUGAUAGAGGUUGGUGCAAAUGCUACAAUUGGCAAACGUGUCAAGCUGGCGACUUCAAGCGUGCUGCAUGGGCAGGUCCACCUGGAUUACAUUCGAAUAGGCAAUGCAGCUGCCGUGGGGCCAACUGCGGUGUUGUCGCAAAACACCUGUGUCCCCGACCAAAAGGCAGUGCUGCCCUUGUCAACAAUGCCAGGCUGGCAUGGCCCUAUCGGCUCGGUGGCCUUUUGCAACGCCCAGCCGCCCAUCGGAGAUGAAACGUUUCAACACAGACAAAGUCUUCUGCGGGUUCUGUUCGGCAUGCCUGCAGUGCUUAUCCUGGAGGUUCUCCCGCUCUAUCCAACCUAUUUCAUCCUGGCCUGGACCUACUACCGCUUUGAGGAGUAUUCUCCCGAGUACGGCUACUACCUUUGGUGUGUUUGUUUGGCAUGGAUAUUUAUGCAUCCGAUCAACUUCUUUCGGGCGGUCGUCAUUGUUCUGCAAAAGUGGAUUCUGAUAGGCGAUUUCCGAAAGCAGAAGAAGGAUCAAAUCAGUCAUUGGAAUGAGUGGAAGACUUGGGUCCACGGCCGUGCAUCGGAAAAUCAUGAUUUCGAGGAGCUUUGCCAAUUCUUUACCAAUACCGAGUUCCUCUCGUGGCUCUACCGAGCCUUGGGUACCAAGAUCGGCCACCGGGUGCAGAUCGAUCAGUUGGAUAUGGUGGAACACGACUGCAUACAUGUGGAUGAUUAUGUGGUCUUUGGCAGCAAAGUCUUGCUCGCCAGUGAUGUGAACGCACCCUGGGUGCCUCUGGAGUACAGCAGGAAAAUGGAGCAGCAACGAGGACCAAAGCAACGCUAUGCAGACAUCCGAAUCUGCCGAGGGGCCAACGUUUUGGAUCAUUGCACGCUCCUGCCGGGUGUCACCGUCGCUGAACGGGCAGUGUUGGGAACCUACACCUUGGCCACAGCAGGGAGUUACUACCCUCCGCUGGCCAUUCAUUCCGGGAAUCAGCGAGGCCGGUCGAUGCAUUUGCGCGACUACCUUGCUUCACCAUCCAUGCGGGAGCUGGAGGACAAGACUAUGCAGGAUUUGGAUAGCCCAAUUACCUGGUGGAGGUUCAACUUGGUCAUCCUUCUGGUCAUCCUGUUUGCCAGCCCAUUGCCAACAGCUGCUUGGGUGGUCACGUACUUUGGAGUAACUACACUCUGGGACUUUGAAAGCGAAGGCAUAUUGACAGGGCUGCUCGUGACUCCUUUUGUCUUCAAUUCAAUCGAACUUUUUCUGCUCCUACUGAACAUUUUGCUCAAGUGGAUUGUCAUUGGCAGGUAUAAGGCGGGUGAAUACAAGUUCUUCGGCUCCUACCAUACCUGUUGGAUGUGCAUCUCCAUUUGUGGACGAGGCAUAAGUGCGCUCCACGAUAGUUUUCGAGGCAGUGUUUUUGAGGUGUUGUUGGCUCGUGCUCUAGGAGCUAAGGUUGGCAAGGAGUGCUAUUUGAGUGGCCUUAUGGUCGAAUAUGACUUGCUGACCAUAGGUGACCAUGUUGCAAUUGGCUGUGGGUGCGACACCACUGGACAUACCGUGGAGAACAUGGUCAUCAAGCUUGCACCGACGAGGAUCGCAGAUGGUGCAGCGCUGUUGCCAGGAUCUUUUGCGAUGCCUGGCUCGGAGAUCGAGGAUGAGGCGGUGCUCAUGGAACACACGCAGGUCUUGAAAGGAGAAACAGUGCCAUCAAGAGAGGUCUGGGCAGGCAUGCCAGCCUCAAGCUGCAGGCCUGUGCCAAAGUGA